UGACGGAAUCGACAUACGCCCAUUGACAUUUGCGCAUUUAUGUUAAUGGCAUCUAGGCUCUGGCAGAUUUUUUUUUUAAACAUUGGACUUUAUCGCACUUUUGCGAAUUUCAUGUUUUCAAAGAGAACUUACAUUAAAAUUCGUGUCAUGAUUUUAAAAAAAAAUAAUUGUGUUUCCUUCAAUUCCUUGUGUUUGAAAAUUUAGUUUUUAAAGCCGUUUCGCGUCGUUUCAACAUUUUCAAUUAAUGUUUUUUUAAAAAUCAAUGAUAAUUUAGACGGCCGCAUUAAUUUGUGCACACUUUUUUGUUUUGUUUCGUUUGUUCCGCGUUUCUUAUAACUUAUUUGUAAUUGUUGACUUUGUUUUGUUUCGGUUAGUUAUCAUUCCAUGUUCUGUAUAAUUUUUGUCUUGAAUCCCCCCCCCCCAAACCGUUCACUGACCAUUGUAAUCUAUAUCAAUUGCAUGCACCUUGUUGCAGAGAAGUGCGGAAAACGCGUCUGUGUUCCCGAAGCAUUCUGCAGAAACGACAGCCAGUGCCGCUGUGCCACUCCGUACACUGGUAUCGGACAUGUCAAGUGUUACCAGAAAGGUAUGGGGAUAAUUAUAGUUUCAUAGAAUGGGCGUGUCAUGUUCGAUGCCCCAGCUGGCGUUUUGAUUAUAUAUAUAUAUAUAUAUAGCGUUGUGUACACUAUGUUAAAUUUAGAUCUUAAUCAGUUUCUCUUUAAUAAGUGCAAAAUAUUUAAGCUAGAUUCCAUCCAUGUGGGCUCAUUAAGUUUUCUGUCAUGUCAUCAGAUUAUAUUUCCUGUCACGUGAUCGAUGAUCCGUACCUCACGAACUUUUGCCGCGAAAAAGCCUCGGUGCCGAUACCUUGCAGAUACAGGCUGGCCUCGCAUACUGCAGGGCAAGGGUGUGAGGUGAUAGUGUACGCCACAAAUACUCUCUUCCUGUGAGUGCUACUAUUAUUUUAAAAAAUAUGCAAAAAACAAGUGAUGGCUGAAUAUUCCUACAGUCGAUCAGCCUCUCUCUCUCUUUUACUUUCUCUUAUCGUGAAUCUCUCUUCUCCCCUUAUAAACACACAUAUACAGAUUUCAUUGCUCUGGUGUCAUCUGUUAAGGACUGGAUGGUGUUAAUUUUUCUUUUAAAUACCACUUUUUAGAUCACAUUCCCUUCUGUGACCAUUUUCUAGAUCACAUUUACUUCACGGUACCACUUUCGAGAUCUAGAUCACAUUGCCGUCGCGUACCACUCGCGAUGCCACUUUACCCUCAAGUACCACUGUCUAGAUCACACUACCCUCACACCACUUUCUAUAUCGCAUUACCCUCACACACCACUUUCUAUAUCAUAUUACCCUCAGGUAACAUAUUAUAUUUCACAUUUCCCUCACAUACCACUUUCAAUAUCACAUUACCCUCACAUACCGCUUUCUACUUCACAUUACCCUCACAUACCACUUUCUAUUUUACAUAACCCUCACAUAACACAUUCUAUAUCACAUUACCCUCACAUACCACUUUCUACAUCAUUUUACCCUCACAUACUAUUUUCAUAUCACAUUACCCUCACAUACCGCUUUCUAUAUCACAUCACCCUCACAUACCGCUUUCUACAUCACAUUACCCUCACAUACCCCUUUCUACAUCACAUUACCCUCACAUACUAUUUUUAUAUCACAUUACCCUCACAUACCACUUUCUAUAUUACAUCACCCUCACAUACCACUUUCUAGAUCACAUUACCUUCAUUGAAUGUGUAUCUGAAAGUUUGUACACAAAAAUGCUCUUCAUAGCAUUCUGCCCAAUGUUUUGUACAUUGUUGUGCUCUUCUGGGUGUAGGACAUGCCACUUCUUUCUCCAUCCCACUUGUAUACAUUAUUUUGUUUCUCCAUACAAGUUAAGUUAGAGAAAAGAUAAACCAAUAUCACAUUAGGUUUGUUUCACUUGUUGGUGUUUUUAGUUGGAACUCUAUAUGUUCAUUAUGUGUAGUAAGACUAAAUAAACAGUUACGAACAGUGUUUUAUUUUGUGUUUAUUUCCACAAUACUAUAUGUAUGGUAAAACAAAUAAUGCGUUCAAAAAGAAAUCUGACGCAAAAUUUUAACGUGUGAACUGAAAAAAAAAAAUGAUUCGACCAAAUUUCCGUCGAUCAAUAUCCCGUCGACGAAAUUUCUUUCAAACAAUUUUCCGGGUACGAUCGUUUGCCUACCCCUGGUUUAAUCAAUAAACAUAAAUGGGAAAUUCAUGGGCGGUUGGGGGGGGGGGCGUGUUGAGUGGUAUUGACUGUUUGUAAGAGUGGCUAGGGUGCAUUGUUUCCCCUUCUUUUCAGGGACUAUUUUUCCUACGCAACGGGCGUCCAAAUCAGUGUUGGUGUUGAUGGCGAUUACAUGGGGAGUUCUGGGGGGGGUGGGGGGGGGGGCGUGUUGAGUGGUAUUGACUGUUUGUAAGAGUGGCUAGUGUGCAUUGUUUCCCCUUCUUUUCAGGGACUAUUUUUCCUACGCAACGAGCGUCCAAAUCAGUGUUGGUGUUGAUGGCGAUUACCUGAAGAUAUUAUAUGACGUCACACCAGGGACACCUCCAGUUGCUUAUUAUAAAGUGAGUGGCUCUUUUUUUUUUAAAAUUUUUUUUUAUUAGCGUCGAUUGUUCAGGAAAUAAACUUACAUAAGAAUAAAUUGUGCUACUAUUCAAGAAAAUAGCCUUUGCAUUUGUGAAUAACAAUUGUAUUUAUUUGAUUUUCUAAUUAAAUUUUAUUGUGAAGAGUGUGAUGGCUCAAUUGAUGUAGCCUAAAAAUUCAUGAUUGCUGCAAAUUAUGAAUAAAAUGUUUAAAAAUAAAAUAAUCUAAUUUUGAAGUACUCUUAUUUUUUUUUUUUUUUUUUUUUUUUUGCCAGCUUGGAAGUGACCCUCAGUUCAACUUGCCCGCUGGUACGUACAGCUACGUGUUGCUCAACCGGACGUUCGUCAUCACCCUGGACGCCAGCGAUGGGUCCUUUACUGUGGACUCCCCCGACUGCGCGUUGAAUGUCGUGUUUCGACCUCCGCUUGGAACAGGCGCCAUUGCAGAGCAGGUUUGCACACAACGAGUUUCUCUCUUCUCUGUCUUUGACAAAGGCUUUUUUUUUAAAAAAAAAAAAAAAAAAAAAAAAACCUUAACAAACCCCCCCCCCCCCCCCCCCCCCGCUGUCUGUCGUCCUGGAACCACACGGGGGUGUCAGAACACACGGCUAUUUCCUCGGUCAGGGUUGGAAAUGAUGCGAUAUUAAAACGCCCCUCAAGCACAAAUGAAAUAUUUUACUCUAAGAGAAUAACUAUUAGUUACCCGCCCUGCCCCGCCCCCCUUCCCUCCCAUUUGGGUCCCUGGUAAUUUCAGGAAAUCUUUUUUCUUCAUAAAUAGCAAUUAUUUCAAAUUUUCAUACUUAAAUAACAUUAUGCUAAAAGCCUUUUUUUUUUAAAAAAAUAAAAAUUUGCAUUUUUGCUAAAAGCACAUUAAAAGAAAUGAUAAUAAUAAAAAAUAAAUUUAAAAAAAUAGAAUAAAAAUGUAAUCCUGAUUUGAUUUUGGAGUUAAAACCAAAAAAAAAAAAAAAAAAAAAAAAAAAAAACCCCCAAAAAAAAACAACAACACACCCCACCCCCCCAAAAAAAACAACAAAAAAACAAACAAAAAAAAAAAAAAAAAAAAAAAAAAAAAAAAAAAAAAAAAAAAAAAAAAAAAAAAAAAAAAAAAAAAAAAAAAAAAAAAAAAAAAAAAAACAAAAAAAAAAAAAAAAAAAAAAUAAAAAAAAAAAAAAAAAAAAAAAAAAAAAAUAUAAAAAAAAAAAAAAAAAAAAAAAAAAAAAAAAAAAAAAAAAAAAAAAAAAAAAAAAAAAGUUCUUUAGCGUGUAAAGUAUCAAAUCAGCAAAUGUCAAAAAUAUAAGAUUUAAAGAUAUAUUUAAAAAAAUAAAAAUGAAUUAGGAAAAUCAUGACAUGUAGUAACUGCACGUUUUAUGUUGAAAUUCAUACAAGAAAACUUUAUAUGCCUAAAAUCGGCCAAUCAAUUGGCAGCAUUUUAGCAUCGCGAGGGCACAUGAAAAAAAAAAUAGUGCAAUAUAUAUAUAUUUUUUUAAUUUGGAGAUGGGGGAGAAGGAAAAUGUGGAUUAUGCUGUAUUUUAAGGACCAUCAUUGAAGGCCUGAUAUAUAUUGCUGGAAAUUUAGAUUUUAAUUUACACGAAUAAUUACUUUAAACGUCUGCAACAGCCAGAUCUAAUUUAAAACGCGAAUAGCAUCUCGCGAAAAAUGUGAGACGGAGUAAUGUGCGCCAACACUUUGACCUAAUUUUCGUGCAUUGUCAAAAUGACUCCUUCAAGACUCGCGUGGGGUAGUGGUGGGGGAGUGGUUAGGGUACGGUGGGAAAGUGGUGGGUUUAUGUUGGGGGUAUGGUGGGGGUUGUGUUGGGGGUGUGGUGGGGGUAUGGUGGGGGUGUGGUGGGGUAUGGUGGGGUGGGGGAUAUGGUGUGCGUGUGUUGGGGUUGUGUUGGGGAUGGUGUCAAACGGGAUUCAAUAUUUCGUUUCGUUACUUUGUAGCAUCUGAAAAAAGUCAUAAAAAUAGCUUCUCUUACAGUACAUCUAUUUUGUAUCGAUUGUUUAAUAUUGUUAUUAUUAUUUUACUAUUAUUAUUAUUUUAAUAUGAUUUAUUUAAAAUUAUUACAUUAACAACUCCAGAUAAAAACCCCAGGAGUGGCAUGCACAAUCCUGGGAUCUCCCUCCCUUCAGGGCGGCUAUCCCGAAACUCUGUGCGGACAGAGCACCAACUGUUCCGAGGAAGGUCUUGGGGCCUACCAGAGUGAGAAUGCCCUGAGUACUCUGGAACUGGCCGCUCUACUAGCCUGGUUGAAAUCAGAGACUCGACAGUCUAAUGGGUGCGUAUGAUGCUGCUGUAAACAAACAAACAAAAUACAUUUUAAUAGGUGGCUUGGGUAAGGGGACGCGAUACAAGGUGGAGUCAUAAAAGUGUGAAGUUAUGUGAGGUGAUGUAAAGGGAUGUAAUCUGAAUUGAUAUAUGUUGUAAUGAUGUAAAGUUUGUUGGUGCAAGGUGAAUUAAUAUAAGUUGUGAUGUAAGGUGAAUUGAUGUAAGUUGUAAUGAUGUAAUGUGAAGUGAUGUAAGUUCUAGUGAUGUAAGGUGCAUUGAUGUAAGUUGUAGUGAUGUAAGGUGCAGUGAUGCAAUGUGAUGUAAGAUAAUGUAAUGGGAUGUUAAGUGAUGCGAUUUAAGGUGGGGGAUGAAAGGUGAUGUGAUGUCAGUUGAAGUGAUCAUGUGAUGUGAGGUGAUGUGACGUGUAAGAGGAAGUGAUUUGAUAUAACGCGAGGGAACCUGAUGUAACGUGAUGUGACUUGAAUUAAGGUGAUGAAGUGAUGUGACUUGAAUUAAGGUAAAGUGAUGUGACUUGAAUUAAGGUGAAGGGAUGUGAAUUGAAUUAAGGUGAAGUGAUGUGAAUUGAAUCAAGGUCAAGUGAUUUGAAUUGAAGUGAUGUGACUUGAAUUAAGGUGAAGUGAUGUGAAUUGAAUUAAGGGGAAGUGAUGUGAAUUGAAUCAAGGUCAAGUGAUUUAAAUUGAAGUGAUGUGAAUUUAAGUUAUGUGAAGGGAUGUCAGUAUCAUUGUUCCAUGUAUUCUGUGCCCAUGUGUGCGCUCGCACAUGGGGGGGGGGGGGGCGCGGGGUACAGCAGAAAAAGUUAUGCGCACGAAGAAGAGAAAUUGAAGCGUACACACAAUUUUGGAGCAGGACAAAAAUUGUUUCUGUGUCCCAAAUCCAUACACUCCGCAUUCAAUAGUAAUUGAUGAACUGUAAUUUUGCCUUAAACUUCUAACUGUCCGCUGGAAUAAAAAAUAUCACAAGACAUUUGAAAAUUCUAGUGUUUGCUACUAUUUGAACAUUUUCAAUUUUCUUAACACAUUUUGGAAAAACAGAAGACACAAAAGUGGAAAACUCUUAGUUUUUAUAAAAAUUGACAGAAAUUGUUAUAACGUCGACACAAAUCCGUUAUGACCCGGCUAUAAUUCUGCUGAGCGAUAUCUUUGCUCUCGACCCAUAUGUUGGUUUGGCUUGUUUCAAAAUGUGUUUGUACUGCCGUGGUACGAAAGGCAAAAGUAGACUUUGCAACUGGGAAGAUGUUUGAGGACAACUUUAAAUCUCGAUUUUAUGAAAAGAAAAACGAUAGAAAAGGUAUUUAGGAACUAAGGUGCACCUCGAUUGUGCUCAAAAGCGCAGAAAUAAUAUUCCGUCACUACCAGCGAGAGGUUUGGACAUUGUUAUGACAUUUAUGACAUCAAAUUCAAGGGCAGGGCAGAUUGUGAAAAACAAAGUGCGCGUGUGUGUGUGUGUGGGGGGGGGGGGGGGGGGGGUCUUAGCGUGACGAAUGCCAUCAAAACCAAGCAGAGAAAUAAAAUGGUGGAUGUACAUCUGGGUAUGAAUCCGAGAAUACAAUUAAGCGCUAUUUUCAACAACAACAAAAAAGUGUAAUUGACUUAGAUAAUAUGUACAAAGCAUGGGCACAGUGGGUUCGGUAUGAUGUGCUACUGUUUUCUUAUAUUGAAAGGGGGGGGGGGAGGAUUUUUGGCCUACUUCAGAUUUUAUUUCGUGGAAGGGAGGGCAAAAUCUCGGGGAUAUUAGUCAAGACAUGAGCUGACUUUUUAAAAAAUGUUUUAAAAAAUAUACAUUUAUAUUUAAAAAUGGUUGGGUUUUUUUUUGUGUGUGUCAUAUACAAUUAUAUAUAUAUAUUUUUUAAAUUUUUUUUUGCGUGGUGUGUUGAUGCCAAUAGAAGCCAGUGUGAGACGGUCGUGAAAACAUUCAACGAGACCUGCAGCACCCAGGCACUGUCCACCCAAGCUGUGAACGCCUGUGGGCCAAUUUUCUCAUCUCCCACCAUAAAAUGCA